CCCAAUUCUCAACUCUCGGAUUUGUCAAUACGACUCUGUGCUGUGUUUCUGUAGGCGUCUCAGUCCCAGUAUUUUCUACAUCAUUUUUGCUUGUUUUCAAGAAACUGCAGUUCCAUAUUUCCAGGAUAAGACUGAGCAGGUGCAGUCGAUGCCGUGUUUUUAGUAGUGUUGUAAAUCUUUAUUUAAACCUUUUUUUUUUUGUCCGGAUGCAGUGAGCUAAAGCUUUGCGGCCUAUCACCGUAGUACAGCCUCGGCCUUGAGUUAUGUCAGGCAGCCGACAGAAUGGCUCAGCAGCGGGCUCUGGGCCUGGGAACAGCGGCGGCAGUACUAGCAGCAGCAGUGUGAACAGUCUGCACAGUAUGAACAUUAACAACAACAGCAGCAGCAGUUCGAGUAAUGGGACCAGUUCAGUCCCCGGAGUGUCUUCACGAACACUGGGAACAGGCGGAGAGGGGCUGCAAGUCCCCACGCUCGGGGUCCCGUCCAGAGCCGCCGCAGUGUCCCCAGGCAGACCGGGCUCGUCCUCGGCGGGCGGCAGCCGCAAGCGGCCCCUGCAAGCACCGCUGUGCAAUGGCCUCAUCAACUCGUACGAGGACAAGAGCAACGACUUCGUCUGCCCUAUAUGUUUUGAAAUGAUCGAAGAGGCUCAUAUGACUAAGUGUGGGCACAGUUUCUGCAAUAAGUGUAUUCGGCAGAGUCUGGAAGACAGCAAUCGAUGCCCAAAGUGUAACUACAUAAUUGAUAAUGUAGAUCAGUUAUAUCCCAACUUUUUAGUGAAUGAACUUAUUCUGAAACAAAAGCAGAGAUCUGAGGAAAAGCGCCUUAAACUAGAUUAUCCGAAUGGCCACAGGUGGCAAGUUUUCCAAGAUGUUCUCAGUACAGACCAAGAGAACUUAGAUCUUGCAAAUGUCAACUUUAUGUUGGAGCUCCUUUUACAGAAAAAGAAGCAGCUUGAAGCGGAAUCGCAAGCAGCCCAACUUCAGAUCUUGAUGGAGUUUCUUAAAGAAGCAAGAAGAAAUAAGCGUGAGCAACUUGAGCAGUUACAGAAGGAGCUGAACUUUUUAGAAGAAGACAUCAAACGAGUUGAAGAAAUGAGUGGGCUGUACUCCCCUACGAAGGACAUGGACCUGGAUAGCACUGUUCCUCAAUUUGAAGCUCAUUCCCCAGCACACAGCAGUAUUAUAGAUUCUGCCGAUUACACUCAACCUCCAGGCUUUGGUGGUAGCUCCCAGGGGAAGAGACAAACAUGGUACAACAGCACUCUGGCGUCACGGCGGAAAAGGCUUACAGCCCACUUUGACGACUUGGAGCAAUGCUACUUCUCUAACAGGAUGUCCAGGUUAACGGAUGAUGGUAGAACUGUAAAUCAGCUUGAUGAUUUUAUGGAAUGUCUAUCCAAGUUCACACGCUACAACUCUGUGAGGCCUCUUGCUACACUUUCUUAUGCCAGUGACCUCUACAACGGCUCCAGUAUUGUAUCCAGUAUUGAAUUUGACCGUGACUGUGAUUACUUUGCCAUUGCUGGCGUCACCAAGAAAAUUAAAGUGUUUGAAUAUGGAACAGUAAUCCAGGAUGCAGUGGACAUUCAUUAUCCCAUCAAUGAAAUGACAUGCAACUCAAAAAUAAGCUGUAUUAGCUGGAGUAGCUACCACAAAAAUCUGCUAGCAAGCAGUGACUAUGAGGGAACAGUCAUCCUCUGGGAUGGUUUCACUGGGCAGAGGUCAAAGGUGUACCAGGAGCAUGAGAAAAGGUGUUGGAGUGUUGAUUUCAACCUGAUGGAUCCCAAGCUUCUGGCUUCUGGGUCUGAUGAUGCAAAAGUGAAGUUGUGGUCUACCAACCUUGACAACUCUGUGGCUAGCAUUGAGGCCAAAGCAAAUGUUUGCUGUGUGAAAUUCAGCCCUACAUCAAGAUACCAUCUAGCCUUUGGAUGUGCAGAUCACUGUGUCCACUAUUACGACCUCCGCAACACUAAGCAGCCCAUCAUGGUGUUCAAAGGCCACAGAAAAGCUGUUUCCUAUGCCAAGUUUGUUAACGGAGAGGAAAUUGUGUCAGCCUCCACUGACAGCCAGUUGAAGCUGUGGAAUGUAAACAAACCCCACUGUUUACGAUCUUUCAAAGGCCAUAUCAAUGAGAAAAACUUUGUUGGCCUGGCUUCCAAUGGGGAUUAUGUGGCAUGUGGAAGUGAAAACAACUCCCUGUACUUGUACUACAAGGGGCUGUCGAAGACGUUGCUGACGUUCAAGUUUGACACUGUGAAGAGUGUGCUGGAUAAAGACAAGAAAGAAGAUGACACCAACGAGUUUGUCAGUGCUGUGUGCUGGAGGGCACUCCCAGAUGGGGAAUCCAAUGUGCUGAUUGCAGCAAACAGUCAAGGCACAAUAAAGGUUCUGGAGCUUGUGUGAAGAUGAGUCCACAGACGCAUUCCUUCCUUUUAAGCCCAGGGACAGGAGCCAUUUGGUUUGGAUGUCGUGGGAGGAAACAGUAUGACAGAGAUCUUGUUUUAUUGUCAGCACAUAAAUUUGCUAAGCUCCUGUUGAAGGAAUAUCAGCAGGCUUCACGUGGAACUUUAUAAACUUGAUAUGGAGAACAAUGUUUCAUUUAACAUGGAUAAUUUAACUUCUAGCGUAUAAAUUCCUCAUUUUAAAUAAAGUCUGAAGUUACAGAACGUGUCUGAGGGAUUGAGGGAUGUUUUUUUUUUUUUUUUUCUCCCCCUCGCCAAAAAAGAGAAUUGUGCAUUUUAAAAUGUACACACUUUCUCUUACAAGUUAAUAAAGUCAGCAGGAACAGUUUUACAUUAUGUGCAUUUUCCAAACCAGCCCAAAGCACAACACUAAAAUGCAUUGUAGAAAUCACCAAAUCUCAACAUGCUUUUUGAGCCAAUACUGUAUUAGGUUUUUUUGUAUCAUUCUCAACCCCAAGUAAUGUGCUGUUUGAUUCAAUGUCAAUAGCAAACUUUAUUUUUGCAAAUGGAAUUACUGGACAUGUUUGAACUUGAUAUUGUAAUUAAGCUUUUUUCUACAGCUAUCACCAUUUAAAAAAAAAAUAGCUGCUUUUUCUCCAUGGUGUUCCUGCAUAGUUUUAUUUAUUUUGAUAAUUUAUAAACUGAAUUGAGUAUUCACGAUCUGAAAUUUGCUUUAAAAAGGCUAUACAAUUGCUGCUCUUCACAGGACAGAGGUCUAAGAUGUCCAUACUCCAGUAAAAGCAAUCAUUUAGCAUUGUUAGCCUCCAGUUGCUGCCGUAUACUUUGAAUACCAAUUCUAUGUUUGUGAUAAUUCUUAAUGUUUAUUUGCAUUCAUAAAUGUUAACCUAUGUUCCUUAAAUAAA